CAAACCAAAUGGCAUCUCUUGAGAGGCGCGGUUUUUAUACAGUCGGAGUCGGACACCUUUGUGGUUGGAAAAUGAACAAAUUUUCAUGGCCCUCCUCCUCGUUUGAGCAUCAAAUUUCAAUUAUUAUUUAACAUUCAUUGCUUUGCUUCGCCAUUUUCUGGGUUUUUUUUUUCCCUAGAUCCUCUCCUCGAGUGGGGGAGAAAUUUUGCCUCUUCUUUUCUCUCGAAGCAACUAGAAAUCCUUUUCGUCUUCCUGUUUCAGGAUUCCAAAUCAAUUUCCACUUUUAAAUCUGUAAAUUUCUUCCAUCUUCGUACAAUUUUAUUGCGGAUUUCCAGUUUUUGAAUUCUAUCCAAUAAUGGCGGCUUGUUUUAGUUUCUCUUCUACCAUGGAUUCCUGUUUCCGUUACUCAUUUUCUAGGGCUGGCCUUAAAUCCAUCACCACCGAUCUUGGCGAUGGAACGAUCAUUCACUGUUGGGCGCCGAAAUUUAGAAGAGAGACAAAACCUAAUUUGCUUCUACUUCAUGGAUUUGGAGCCAACGCAAUGUGGCAAUGGAAUGAAUUCAUAGCGCCGUUGAUUCGGUUUUUUAAUGUUUACGUUCCUGACCUAAUUUUCUUUGGCAAUUCCUACACGACUCGUCCGGAGAGGUCUGAGUCGUUUCAAGCUCGUUGUAUGAUGCGUUUAAUGGAUUCGUUUGGUGUUCAGAAGGUGAAUGUCGUUGGAAUUAGCUACGGUGGAUUUGUAUCGUAUAGUAUGGCUGUUCAAUUUCCUGAGCGAUUGGAGAAAUUGGUGUUGUGUUGUGCUGGAGUUUGCUUGGAAGAGAAAGAUAUGGCGGACGGAAUGUUCGUCGUGAAGAACGUCGAUGAGGCGGCUAGUAUUUUGCUGCCUCAAACGCCGGCGAAGCUCAAGGAACUCCUCCGACUCACCUUCGUCAAGCCUGCUCGGAUUUUGCCAACUUGUAUAAUCGACGAUUUCAUCGAUGUGAUGUGCACAGAGUACAAGCAAGAAAAAGAAGAGUUGAUUAAAGAAAUACUCAAGGACAGGAGCUUAGCAAAUCUUCCCAAGAUCGAUAAGCAAACGUUGAUAGUAUGGGGAGAACAGGAUCGAGUAUUUCCUUUGGAGUUGGCACAUAGAUUGAAAAGGCACUUAGGGGAAAAUGCAGAAUUAGUAGUUGUAAAAGAAGCAGGGCAUGCCAUCAAUGCAGAGAAGCCAAAAGAAAUGUAUAAACACAUCAAAGCAUUUCUCACCACUCACCCUGACCUAAACCCUUCAACAAACUCUUCUCUUUGUAGUAGCUUUUGAUCAUUUAUUAUGUUUAUUAUACUUUCACUUCCUAAAUCCCAUCUGUAUGUUAUUAUACGUACUCAUAAUUUAUCCCCUAAAUCUCUACUGUAUAGUUUUACUUUUUAAAGAUAGUUAUCCUUAAUCAAAGUUUGUUUUCUUUUA